AUGUCGGACGUUCAAAUCCCAGGUGUCGGUAUUGAUUUUGGAACAACUAACUCUUGUGCAUAUUUUGUCUCACAGAAUAGAGAAGAAACUACUCCAAUUCCAAUUAACGGCAAGAACUUUGCUCCAACAAAUUUAACUUACGUCGAAGAUGAAGAACAGCCCAUUGCAUGUGUCGAUACAACAAGGCUUGUAUAUCCAGCAGGAAACUGCAUCCAUAACAUUAAGCGUAUUAUUGGUAAAAAAUUAAAUGAUCCAGAUAUUCAGAAACACAUCAAUAAAUGGGACUUCAAACUUGUCGAAGAUAAUAAAGGUAUGGCUGCCUUUAAAGUCGUUAGCAAGAACAAAGAAAUUAUUGUUACUCCAGAGCAAGCAGCAACAUUAAUCUUCAAGAAACUGUUAGUCAGCUUCCACAAUACACAAAUGGCAAAUCAGAGAACAAACCAAAUUGUUCUUACAAUCCCUGUCGCAUUCAAUGUUGAACAAUGCGAAAGAAUCAAAUUAGCUGCAAGAGCUGCCGGAAUUGACAUCAUUGCUACAAUUUACGAACCUACAGCUGCUGCCAUCUCAUCAGGAAUGAUGGCUGCCACUGACAAGAAACUCAUGAUCUUCGAUUUCGGUGGUGGCACAUUGGAUGUCACAAUUAUGCAAGUCCAACGUGGCCAGAACGGAUCAUCCGUAUUUACUACGAUCGCAGAAACAGGAGAUCCUGAUCUCGGUGGCGAAUUAAUCGAUGAAAUUUUGAUGGAUCACUUUGAAACCGUUCUCAGAGAUUCUGGAUUCUAUAUCAGAACAGGCCCAGAGAAUCUGCGUCUGAAAAACCUCGCAAAUCUUAAGCAAAAUUGCCGAGAUCUCAAAGAAACACUUUCCGCGGCUUCUGCUGUUGAAUUCUUCUGGAAUGGAAUUACAAUUGAACCAAGAAAGGCCAAACUGCGCAAGAACAGAUUCGAAACUAUGCUUACUGACAACAAAAUUAUUGAUCGAAUCAAAGACACAGUCCAGAAAUGUCUUACCAAGGCCAAAUACACUGCAGACAAGAUUGACAAUGUUAUCUGUGUCGGUGGUUCAUCAGCCAUCCCAAUUGUCAAAGAAACUCUCAUUGAAAUGUUCACAGAAAACAAAGUUCUUGUCAGUACACAUCCAGAAGAAGCCAUUGCAAAGGGCGCAUCCAUCUACGCUAAAGCAAUCCUCAAAGGCGGUGUAUCAGGUAUUGAUGAAGCAGGAGCAGGUACAAAUUCUCAUGUUCCAAGAGUUUCUGCUCCAUCAGAUGUUCCAGCAAGGCCUCCUCCUUCAUAUCCAGAUCCAACAAUUGCAGAUGCACAUGCUUAUCCUGAUCCAACAAUGGCAGCUGCGACACCAAAUAAGCCACCUCCUUCUCAUCCGAAGCCACCGCAAGCAUAUGUUCCAACUCCUUCUCAUCCGAAGCCACCGCAAGCAUAUGUUCCAACUCCUUCUCAUCCGAAGCCACCGCAAGCAGAUGUUCCAACUCCUUCUCAUCCGAAGCCACCGCAAGCAGAUGUUCCAACUCCUUCAAUACAGAUCACAACGAAAUCGUAUUUGUCCUAUUCACUCGGAUAUCUCGACGCCUACAAUGAUUUCGAUGAAAUCUUCGAGAACGGUGCAGAAAUUCCUUCUCAGAGAACAAUCAACGUGUCCAGUGUUGAUCCGAACCAGCCAAACAUGAUCACGAAGGUCUGCUACAGGAAGGAUGACGAGGAUGAUUCAAUCAUCUUGUCUACUUACACAGUGGAUUACAAAGGAAAUCGCGGUGAUAAAGUUUCUGAAACUUGGUCAAUUGAUGCUGGUGGAAACUUGACAAUUAAAUCAGUUUUGUUUAAGUCAGGUGCAUCUGUUUCAAACAAGGUAAGCAUCUCCAACCUUUACUUCACAACAGAUGAGAUUAACCAGAUGAGAAGAAACGCUGAUGAAUUCGAAAGCAGCUUGAACAUGGAAGAAAGAAUUCAAGAGGUUGAGAAACAAAUUGAUGCUGAAUUGUCAAGAGCAAGAAGAUUGUUCAGAUCUUCACCAAGAAUGAGAGAGGUCAAGAGAAAAUUGGAUGAAAUUGUUAACUGGGUUGACGAGGGAAGAGCUGGAAGAACUGAAAACGAAUACAAGGAAAAGCUUCAGGCAAUCAGAGGAAUCAUUGAAAAUUAUUCAUCUUAA